CCUUUUUUUUUUUAAUUCUCCUAGAACCUUCUUUAUAUGAUACAUGUCUCUCGUUUUACUUACACUAAAAUGUAGGCCCAAGAUAGUCUUACAGCUAAAGUAUUAGUGACUAGCCACCCUAGAAAACACUCUCCUCCCCCAAACCCGCCCCCACAGAGGAGGCAGGCUUUUUCUUUUGGGCAAACCUGCUCCUGGGGAGGAGAGGUAACAAAACCUGUUUGAAGUUGAGGUUCCCUCCCUUCCACCACCUCCCUCUUCCUUAGAGGCAAGAGCAACAACAGCUGAGCCAGAAAGGGGUAAAGAAGUAUCGGGAGCUGGGCCAGCCAGCUCCCUUGCAACUCCUGAGUGUUUAAGAAGACAGGAAGACUUGUGAAGAUGGAGACUAUACACGAGUCAGAAAAACAAUCAGAUCUUGGGGUCAAGGAGAGUGUAGAAGCAACAGACACAGGAGCAGCCCUGAGACUUGAGGAACUGGAGCUGCAGGAGGAAUGGCAAGAUGAAGAAUUCCCUAGAUUGCUUCCUGAAGAGGCUGGUCCUUCGGAAGAUCCUGAAAAACCUCAACAAGACUCUCAGGCAGGUACCCCAAGCACUUUAUCCCUGUGUGGCCAGCGCCCCAUGCGUAAACGUCUUUCUGCCCCAGAGUUAAGGCUGAAUCUGACAGUGGGGCCUGGAGAUAACGGAGCUGCUCCCUCCCACGCCACCUGUAACUCCUCUGAUGUCAGUUCAGACCUGGAGGUGGAUGAAUUGGAGACGCCUUCAGACUCGGAGCAACUGGACAGUGCACAUGAAUUUGAAUGGGAAGAUGACCUGCCCCGGGCAGAGGGCCUACGAGCCAGUGAGGCGGCUGAAAGGCUGGGCCGGGGCUGUGUGUGGGAUGUGGCUGGAGAGGAUGGCCACCGCUGGAGAGUGUUUCGAGCAGGACAGCUGGAGCAGCGAGUGGACAUGACUGUCAUUGAGCCCUAUAAGAAGGUCCUGUCUCAUGGAGGCUACCAUGGUGAUGGUCUCAAUGCUGUUAUCGUUUUUGCCUCCUGUUAUCUACCCCGGAGCAACAUCCACAAUUACACCUAUGUCAUGGAACACUUGUUUAGGUAUAUUGUGGGAACUCUGGAGCUGCUGGUAGCUGAAAAUUACCUGCUUGUUCACUUGAGUGGAGGCACAAGCAGGGCCCAAGUCCCCCCUCUGAGCUGGAUACGCCAGUGUUACCAGACUUUAGAUCGGCGGCUCCGGAAAAACCUACGAGCCCUAGUGGUUGUCCAUGCGACGUGGUAUGUGAAGGCAUUUCUGACACUCCUUCGGCCCUUCAUCAGUUCUAAGUUCACACGAAAAAUCCGUUUCCUGAACAGCCUGGGGGAAUUGGCCCAACUCAUCUCCCUAGAUCAAGUCCACAUUCCUGAAGCUGUCAGACAGUUGGACCAGGAAGUUCGUGGCUCAGGAAGGCCCUAGCACAAGACUGGAUAAAAGACCUUAGAACCAUGCAAAGAUCUGCCUACCCGUUAAUCCCAGAACCAUCCGAGCUGUUUUGUAAAUCAUCACAUCCUCCAUCCCAGGACCACCCCACAGGACCUGGACUUCUCAAGAUGUCAUUCCUUCCAUGGUGCUACCUGAAUUCAGGAGGGCUUGGAGGUUGGGAACCUGAUCUGCUAGUGGUUUGCAUUACAGUCAUCCCAGUGGAAGGCUGACUGCAGUAGCAUUGGGAGUGUCAAACUCUGGAUUGCAAUCCUGCUUUAGCUGUAAAAGCUUAGCCAAAUAACCUCAUGUCUUUGGGUCUCAUUUUGCACCUUUGUAAGUGAAGGGGCUGACGGGAGGUGGGUGGAGGGGCCUCCCACAGCCAAAACCCGCCUGCUGGGAGCCAGCAGGGAGCUCCCAACAUCUUAAGAACUCCUAUAUACCUGCCGCCUCUGCUCCUGGAAAGGAGUACUUCCAACGCCUGUAUGCCUGUAUUUUCCCCCUCCUUAGUCAAUUCUGACCUGUAGCUGUUAAUAAACUGAGGAGAGAUUGUGUAUCAAGGAAGUGAACCCCUCUUGCUCCAUCCACUUACAUCACAAUCCGCCUUUUGGUUCUAGCUCGGAAUUCUCACUGCCCAGGUUCCCUAGGAUUUUGAGCUCAGCCCCUUGGGCUGCAGGUGCACCCCGCCUCAGGGAGAGGACUUAGGGGCGAGUGGAAGGGAGGGAGAGAAGAUAGGAACCCGCCCUCUCCC